AUGUCGGAUCCCACUCGCUUCGUGUGCUUUGUCUAUACAUGGGUCACGAAACGACCGGAUUCCGACACUGAAUUCGCCUGCGUCAUUCAGGAAUUCUCAUACCUGGACACCACCAAAGCUGUGCCACGUUAUUUCAACUCGUCCUCGUUCAGUUCGGAGUGGCUUGAUCGCCGUAACAGGUUGCUCGCCAAAUGGAAGUGCCCUGUUAUGAUCUUGCGGGGUUUUGACAGCAAGACGCAGCCACGGGAACUUUAUGAGAACUCCAAGGAACACAUCCCUGGCGUCCCUAACGUCGUGGUGGAGUAUAUGCCAGGAGGACAUUUCUGGACCUUGAGUCUACAGGGGAGACAACCAGGAAUAUUCAAAAAUUACUCAAGAUGUGAAAGAUAG